AUGGAGACGUCCUCUUCUUCUUCCUUGAAUCUCCCUCCGGCCGUUACGCAGUCUCUAUUAGAAGCCCUAACCAGCAGAGGCUGGUGUUUUAAGGAUGUCGAGCAAGUCAGAGCCUUAAUCGCAGCUCAAUUUUCUUCCACCGGAGGAAAGUCCUGCACCGUCGAUUCUCUCGAAUCUGAACUCCUCAAAAUGGAUUUGCGAUCCAUCGGUGGGAAAUCCUUGCCUGAAAUUUCUCAGCUCCGACAAACCUCCCAUCUUCCCGGCCCCAAAGUCCUUCAGGUAUCUUCUGCUAAAGAUAUAACUAAGAGUAAUGUGGAUGAAAUUUCGGGAAAUUCGAGCAGUAAGCGUUUGUUGAAAUUGAAGCUUACCGAUGGACACUCUGAAAUCACUGCUAUUGAGUUUUCUCAUAUUCCAUCACUUCCUGAUAAAGUGGUCCGUGGCACCAAGGUCAGGUUGGAAAAUAAAGCCAUGGUUCGCAACGGAAUUGUCUGCUUAGAUGCAAAAGUAACUAGGGUUUUAGGAGGGGUGGUUCAAACACUUUACGAGGAAUGGCAGAUGGACCAGAAAUAUUCGGGGUUUUCACGCUCAUCUGCACGACCAUCUGAUGAAAAUGCAGCUAGUGGUCCUCCACCAUUUGAGAAACUUCAAAUCGGUGCAUCUUUGCUGAGGAAGAGCAAACCUUUAGUUGCAGAGCAUUCCAAGCUGCCUGCUGAUAGCUCAGGCACCAGUGGAAGUUCCACUUCAAGGCAGCCAAUUAAACCGCAGAGUAACAUCACGGUAGAUAGAAAGACAUCUGACAUCCGGCCACCAGAAAACUCUGCUGAAGAAAGGGGAGUUUCUGUUGCCGAUGCAAGGCAAAAAGAAGUGGCUGAAUCUGUACCUGUUCAAAACCAAGCUGCUGCUCAAAAACUUUUGCAGAGGAUGAAUCAGCCUAACCAAGGUAAUCAACAUUUCCGAGGAAGGAGACAUGGCAGGAGGGAAAAAGAAGAGGAUACUGCAGUACUUACUUUAGAAGAGUGGGAAAGGCGAAAAGCUGCAGUAGGCUCGUCAACAUCUCACAGCCAUGCUAAUGUCAACCAAGAUGAGGUCCUUGCACGACAGCUUCAAGAGCAAUUUGAUUUGGAAGAUAGUCAUGUUCAGAAAGGUCCUCAUUUAUCGGAUGCAGAGAAUAUAAGGAUGAGCAUGUUUAGUUUUGAAAGAGACAAUGCUGGAGCUGACGGUAGGACCGGGUUUGGGGCAAUGUUGCUUGUUUUCUUUUUCACUUCUUCCAAGCUCACUAAGUAUGGAGAGGAGAAAAAGAGAAAGCUUGAUGCUGAAUUCAAAGAGGGAGGCCAGCGGAACUGGAUACAAGUUCUUGCUAAUAGUGGCAUUGCUAGCAUCUUAGUCCUAGUUGCAUGGAAGUUGGCUGGUUCACAGGACAAAUGUCUUGACACAAAAGAAUCGGGCCUUCUGGUAUCUGUUGUUGGUGGCAUCAUUGGCCACUAUUGUUGCUGCAAUGGAGACACAUGGUCAUCAGAACUAGGGAUUCUGAGCGAGGAUCAGCCUAUAUUGAUCACAACAUUGAAGCCAGUUCGGAGGGGUACAAAUGGUGGUGUGACUAAAGCUGGAAUUCUUGCAGCCGCUGCAGCAGGAGGCGUCGUUGGAUUGGCAUUUGUAUUACUGGGUUACAUUACAACUACAUGCUCUUUCGAUGCGGCGAUAAAGCAGCUAUUAGUGAUCCCCCUUUCUGCAUUGGCAGGAGUUUUAGGAAGCGUCAUAGAUUCAUUGUUAGGAGCAACUCUGCAAUACAGUGGAUUUUGCAGUGUCCGGAAUAAGGUUGUAGGAAAACCAGGGCCAACAGUGAAGAAAAUCUCUGGUCUUACUAUUCUGGAUAACAAUGCUGUAAACUUCGUCUCAGUAUUGCUAACCUCUGCCCUGACUUCCAUAGGUUUUUCAUACAUUUUCUGA